GCUGGCGGGCUAGAUCGAUUCUUUUUAGAGCAGUGAAUCGCUCACAACCCCUCUCGAAGUAGUUCCUGUCCCCUAAGUUUCCCAUUCAAGUUCGCCGCAUUUUCCGGGAAAAUCAGUUCCACUGUUCAAACUCCGCCAUUUUAGCGUGUCCAAGUUUUAUCUGCAAUUAAAAACUUUUUUUUUCCCCCUGAUUGUCUUCGCCCUGAACUGAUGGACGACGACUGGUUAUCAUUUCUUUGGAAAAUUCGAGCCUUUAUCAGGUGAUGAGAUCAAGUGGAUGGGGAACAUAUUGCUUCUUUCUUAAGUUGAGCACUUGAGUUGGGCAGAUUUGAUCACAUGGGAUUGGUCCCAAAAUUGAUUGUUAGCGUUCUUUAGCUGUUAACAAUAUGGCAUUGGAUGUUGUUACCAGUCCCCUUGUUGAUUUAGCUGCAGACGCUGUCUCUCAAAUCGUUGAUGUUGUACUUGCUACUGAGAAUGUCUUAAUUGAGAAGGGGAGUUUUGCACAACUUGCAUCUUAUUUGGGCAGGAUUAUCCCUCUCCUAAAAGAGUUUAAUAGACAGAAUAUCAAUUCGCAAGGUCUGAACAAUGUUAUUGAUAUCCUUAACCGCGAGCUCAAAGUUGCGAAGCAACUAAUCAUGGAUUGUAGCAAGAGAAACAAAGUAUAUCUUCUUGUGAAUUGCCGGUCGAUUGCUAAGCGCGUAGAAGACACUACCAGAGAGAUUAGCCGCGCUUUAAGUCUUAUUCCUUUUGCAUCACUGGAUAUUUCCUCGGGCAUAAUUGAAGACAUCAGUCAGCUAUGUGAAAGUAUGCGAACUGCAGAAUUCAAGACUGCCAUAGUAGAAGAAGAGAUUUUGGAGAAAAUAGAGUCAGGAAUACAGGAGAGGAAUGUUGAUCGAUCCUAUGCCAAUAACUUGCUCAUUUCCAUUGCAGAGGCUAUUGGUAUUUCCACUGAACCAUCAGCAUUGAAGAAGGAAUUUCAAGAAUUCAAGACGGAGAUAGAAAAUGCACAGCUGAGGAAAGACCAAGCUGAGGCCAUACAAUUGGAUCAAAUAAUCGCUUUGCUAGAAAGGGCAGAUGCUACUUCAUCUCCCAAGGAGAAAGAACUGAAGUAUCUUUCCAAGAGGCAUUCUUUAGGUAAUCAACCAUUGGAACCUCUGCAGUCUUUUUACUGCCCAAUCACUAGGGAAGUCAUGGUGGACCCUGUGGAGACUUCCUCGGGGCACACAUUUGAGAGAAGUGCAAUAGAGAAGUGGUUUGCAGAAGGAAAUAACUUGUGUCCUCUGACCAUGAUUCCUUUAGAUACAAUAAUGCUACGGCCCAACAAAACUCUGAGGCAGUCAAUUGAAGAAUGGAAGGAUAGAAAUACCAUGAUUACUAUUGCAUCCAUGAAACCAAAACUUUUGUCUCGAGAGGAGGUGGAAGUGCUUCAUUGCCUGGAACAGCUACAGGAUCUCUGUGAACAGAGAGACCUACACCGAGAAUGGGUAGUAUUAGAGAAUUACAUACCUAAUCUUAUUGAAUUGGUUGGUGCAAGAAAUCGAGAUAUCAGAAAUCGUGCCCUCGUCAUCCUUUACAUCCUGGCAAAGGAUAGUGAUAACACCAAGGAAAAGAUUUCAAUAGUUGACAAUGCCAUUGAAUCCAUUGUUCGCUCCCUUGGACGUCGUAUUGAGGAAGGGAAGUUAGCUGUGGCAUUACUAUUGGAAUUGUCAAAAAAUGAGUUAGUACGAGACUGCGUUGCGAAUGUUCAAGGCUGCAUUUUCCUUUUGGUGACUAUGUCUAGCAGUGAUGAUAGUCAAGCUGCCAGAGAUGCAAGGGAGCUAUUGGAGAAUCUCUCAUUCUCUGAUGACAACGUAAUCCAGAUGGCAAAGGCAAAUUAUUUUAGAUACCUGCUGCAACGCCUUUCUUCAGGACCAGAGGAUGUUAAGAUGAAAAUGGCAACAACUUUGGCAGAGAUGGAGUUGACUGAUCAUAAUAAGUCAUCUCUAUUUGAAAACGGCAUUCUGGGUCCACUGAUUGAGUUGGUGUCAUGCGAUGAUAUUGAGAUGAAAACUGUAGCUGUCAAAGCUCUUCAGAACCUCUCAAGCUUACCAAAGAAUGGCCAGCAGAUGAUUAGACAAGGUGCAGUUGUUCCAUUGCUUGACCUUCUCUAUCGUCACACAUCAUCACCAAAGUUGCGUGAACAUGUAGCAGCCACAAUUGCACAUCUUGCCAUAUCAACUGUUUCUCCAGAUUCCCAUGAGACACGGGUCUCAAUGUUGGAGACUGAUGAAGAAAUCUGUAGGCUCUUUUCGUUGAUCAACUUGACAGGUCCUUCUAUACAAGAAAACAUUCUAUGUGCUUUUUUUGCUCUGUGUCAAUCGCCCUCCGCUACUAAUGUCAAGGCAAAAUUAACACAGUGCUCAGCUGUUCAAGUAUUGGUUCACUUAUGUGAGAUCGAUAACCUCGGUGUACGUGCAAAUGCCACUAAGCUGUUAUUUUGCUUGACGAAUGAUGGUGAUGAAACCACCGUGUUAGAGCAUGUGGAUCAGAAGUCAAUUGAAACCUUGCUCAGAAUCAUCAAGACUUCCAAUGAUGAGGAAGAGAUUGCUUCAGUGAUGGGUAUCAUUUCAAACCUUCCCAAGUCCCCCCAGAUCACUGAUUGGCUGUUGGAGGCAGGAGGUCUUCCGAUCAUUUGCAGAUUUCUUCCUGAUGGCAAACAUAAUGGUCCACACAAGAAUCAGUUAAUAGAGAAUGCUGUUGGAGCCAUAAGUCAUUUUACUGUUCCAACAAACCAGCAAUCACAGAAGAAAGCAGCUGAAGCUCGUAUUAUUCAUGUGUUGGUUCAGUUGCUAGACGUAGGAACCAGCUUGACAAAAAGACGUGCUGCCAUUUCUCUUGCUCAGUUUUCAGAGAGUUCCCUCAGGCUGAGUCGGCCAAUCCCAAAGCGUCAGGGGUUGUGGUGCUUCUCACCUCCCCUGGAGGCUGGUUGCCCGGUUCAUCGAGGAAUCUGUAAUGUGGAAUCAUCGUUUUGCCUGUUGGAGGCUGGUGCGUUGGAACCUCUUGUGAGGGUUCUCGGGGAGCCCGAUCCUUUAGUUUGUGAAGCUUCUUUAGAUGCUCUGUUGACUUUGAUUGAGGGUGAAAGACUGCAAAGUGGUAGCAAGGUGCUUGCUGAAGCAAAUGCCAUACCCUUAAUCAUAAGAUUACUUAGCACCCCUUCCCCUGGAUUGCAGGAGAAAGUGUUGAAUUCCUUAGAACGAAUUUUUCGUCUAGUUGAGUACAAGCAAAGGUAUGGACUCUCAGCUCAGAUGCCUCUUGUAGACUUGACUCAAAGGGGAAAUGGUACCAUGAAAUCUUUAGCAGCCAGGAUACUUGCUCAAUUAAAUGUGCUUCAUGAGCAGUCCUCUUAUUUCUAGAGGACGGUAUAUCGCUCAUAUUUAAUUGGGUAAGAAGAAGUUUGUGAUUUCUUAGGAAACCCCGUGAUUCAUGAAUUUUCUGGAAUCAUUUACUAGGGUAGGAGAACUUUGUAGGCAGGCAUGGACUAUCCUAGUUGUAGGACUAUACAUAUCUUUCUCAUCUUUGAGUAAGCAUCCCUUGGAGUUUGCCAAAGAAAGUGAGACUGGUGGUGGUUUACUGAGAUCUUUCUUUUGUUGAAUUAUCAAGUGUCUCCUAGCAUUGUGAAGUUUCUGCUAUGUGCCUCCUCACUGAAUGGUAGCACGGGUUCCCAGCAAUGUAAUGCCAUUGAAGACAGAUUAGCGUUGCUUCCUUCCUCGAAGGCCAGGAGAUCUUUCAUGGCAUAAAUUAACAAAUACAGGAGCAUUGACCCUGUCUAUAUUGAAGCCUGAUUGGUUUGCUUGGUGGGAGGGGAUAAGGAAUUGGUGAAAGCCUCCAUUGUGGUGGAAGGGUUAGAAUUGGUGAUAGCCUACAUUGACAAACAGGUUAGCCAAGCUAGGGUUCUUUUACAUUAUCAAAAUUUUUCUGUAAUUGAUUAUUUAGCUUCUUCAAUUUUGUUGUAUAUGGUGAAAUUGAGAUGGAAGAAUUCAAUAAAAGUCCAAGUUCUGAAUUUGGGCAUUUUGGUUUUGUUUUGGUAGCGGGGGAAGAGAGAGAGAGAGCAGAUUAGGAAAUUGUGUGGGACAAAACUGCAACAGUUCUAACUUUUAUAAUUUGGUGCUCAACAAAUUUUAGAAGCUUGUUUGACAUAUUUACUUUUCAGUCAUAAGUUGAGAACUCUUUG